UGCACAUUGUGACAUGCGGUGAUCAGGCUGACGGCUUGCAGGGCGGAGGCAGAGGUUUCUGGGACACCGAGGGGUGCAGAUUGCAGGCUGCUGUGACGGUAGACAGUGGUGGGAUAACAGGUAGAAGAAGAAAGGACAGAGAGGCCCCAACAGAUUGAAGAGUCAAUUAUGGAAUGUGACCUUCUGAAAUGGACAAUGCUCCUCUUGCCUCUAGUAUGUACAACAGCCAUGAACACAGCAGAACCUGACAAAUUGCUCAUUGAUGGAACCACCUACAUGGGAGACUUAACUUCCUCACCCAGGGUAGCUGCAUUGCUUGAUGGUGGAACUAAUGUGACCUCAGCUACUAAAUUGAUUUUCUCAGAAACCCCAAAGGCUCUCUCCUCCAAAAAUGAGACUGCAUACAAGCCUGUUGGCAUUGUGGCAUCGAGGGGUCCUUUUACUGAUGAACCCUCCACAACAUCCCAGACAAGCCUAGCCGCCACGGCAUCCCAGAUGGCAGAUGAAGACCCGCUCAAGAAAUCCCAAGCUACACCAGCCAACGUCCAUGCUUCGACUAAAGCAUCAACUGUACCUUCAACCAUACUUUCAGCCAUAACACCUUCAGCCGCAUCUUCAAACGUUCCUUCAACCAACCACGAUGCAGCUAAUACAACUACAGAUCAAAAUAUCCCUGCUGAACAUGUAACUACUUCUGAUUAUCGCCCUAUAAUUACAACAAUUUUUAUUGAAGAGACAACUGCAAUAAAGGUGGAUACUACAGAUAAGACAUCCAAAGCACCAAAGAACAUGUCUUUGCCUGUUCUAAUAGUGGUAAUAAUAAUUAUUUUAGUCUUGCUGUUCCUCACCAUGAUAAUCUUACUAAUCAGGAAAAAGAGACGGAGUGGUUCCCAGACGUUUAAUACAAAUAGCAGAAAGAAUAACCGAAAAGAUGUGUGGGCAGGUCAGGUGCCCGAGCUGGAAGACGGGAAGGCUGUUCACAAUGAAGUAACCAUGGAAAAUGGGAAAUCCGGGAAACAACAGGAGGCAGGACAUGAAAUGACCACGUUCGUCAGUGGAGAGAAGAAAGCGGAUUCGGUGGUAGAGAAUGAUGAGCUGCUUCCUGGAGGAGGUACUGAAGAGAAGGGCACAGACAAACUGGGCAAAGAGGACUCGGAGGAGGAGAAGAGGCCUCUGCUAGAGGGGAGUUCAGAGGGCGCUCAAGAAACGGAGGUGUCUGAAUUUGAAGACCAGUUCUCGGUUCCGUCUAUGGAACAAGAGCUGUUGUGAAUGGGGAUAAGACUAUUUGGCUGGACAUCAUUCACUUUGAGCUGGUCCCUAAGAUAUCUUUGUGAAUGGGCGGUAUUGUGAGCGAGCGUAAAUUCUGAAGGCUG